GGUAGGUCGUUCUCGGAUGGUAUACCUCGAGCCCCAGCAUGGUUUCAGACCGAGUCGCCGUGCCGUCGUGAAAGUUCAACGCUGUAAACAUUCUCUUCUGCCUACAGAGUGUUUUCGUCGUUGUGAUGUGAUCCCGGUGUAGAUACGUUAAACUGUUUAUUUUUUAUUAUAUUUUAGGCGAAAUCCAAUCGGCGGCGAUCGCCGCUAUCGCUGUAGUGCUUUGUUUCGGUUAAAAUGACAACCAAGGGUUAUUAUAUUGUUGUGGUGCUUGUUUAUGUUUGGUGUGUUGGUACUGUGACUGUGACCGAGAUUGACUGUACAGGGAGGGACUCGAGUAGAAAAUGCGACGAGGCAGUCAAAGAGGAUAUCGAUAGCGCCAGUAGUUCGAAAAACAAAGAAGAACAAGAAAUGACAUUUCAUACGUCUAGACCGGUUCAGCAACCCAAAGUUUUCAAUAUGUUAGCGGAAGAUCUGAUGGAUUCUAGUUUCAGACCAACUGCACUACCUCAUAUCAGCUCUACGUUACAAACAGUAACCAACAAGUCUGCGACUAACAGUUCCAAACCUGUAUCAAUAGAAGAGCAUCGAGGAAGAGCUCUAAACUUUACCAUAGAAGAAAAAAACAAUUACAACAAUCUGGCGAAUACAUCCAACCAUGACGAGCCUGAUUUGAGUGACGUCACUAUUCAUGAAGAGGAUGACGAAAGUGAUGUAAUCAAUCCAAAAAUUCUAACUUCGAAAGGUAUUGAUUUGCACAACGUCACAUUUGUUCCAGGCAUUUGCGAGAAGGGUGGAUUGACAUACGAAAACGGAGAAAGGCUGGAAAAUGGAUGCGACUCAGUUUGCGUUUGUGAAAACGGGACAAUGGAAUGCACGGACCGAUGCAAAGGUCCAUUUUUUCGAAAAGGAAAGACCAUCGAAGAUCCCUUGUGCACUGCUAAGGAUUCCGAUGACCAUUGCUGUUCUGUGAUGGUUUGCGCUGGGGAUACAGAAACGGAGCCCAUAGAAAUGUGCACAUACAAAAAUAACACCUACAACAGAGGAGAUGUGUUUAACAAAGACUGUUUAGAAGUUUGCACUUGCCUGAGAGGCGGGAAAGCUCAUUGUAAGCCCAGAUGUCCUCAAACGAAGAAAACUUCUGAUCGAUGUGUGGAAGUUCCUGAUCCAAACGAUUCUUGCUGCAAACAAGUUCUCUGCGAUGUGACGCUUGAUGACCAAGAACACGAAAAGGAGGAUUUUAAAGUCAAGCAUAAAGUGAUAUCCGCCACUCAAGUAAACUCGAGCGUCAUUAUCCUGCAGUUCGAACCAAAUUUUGAAGACAAUGAUAGUCUUCCGAUCAUAGAAGUCAGUAAUGACAAAACUAACUGGAUUUACUAUCAGUUAUUGCCACAAGGAUUGCUUUUUGUUCGAGAAAAAUCCAAAUUUUUACGCGUCGAAGGCAACGACGAUAUUGUUAAUAUCGUUGAUAAAGAGACGCCUGCAAUCGUUUUCAAAGCCGAGAAAAACCACAAAAAACUCGACCAGGAGUCUUGCCUAUAUAAAGGAAAAUCUUUCAAAACCGGCGAAGAAUACAACGACGAAUGCAAUGCCCUUUGCGUUUGCCAAAAAGGAGAGAUGAAAUGUCUGAAAUUAGAAUGUCCCACUUACUUUGGCGUCGAAGUUUUAGAUCCUGGAUGCAUAGAUUGGGAAACUAUUCCUCCAAAUUUUAAGCCUACACCCCCCCAUUGCUGCCCCGAUCAAGUCAGAUGUAAAAACAACGGCUCGUGUUUGUAUGAUGGUGUGUUAUAUAAGAACUGGGAACAACUUCCCGCCAACAUAACGGGAUGCGAAAAGAGGUGUUACUGCGAAAUGGGUAAACUUGAAUGCCAAAAUAUUUGCUCACCCGUGCCAGCGCUGCCCCCGCCUAACCUUCCAUGCUCGCCUCGUGACGCUGCUUUGCAGCACGUACAGGAAGAUGAUUGCUGCAAAUACUGGGUGUGCAAUACUGAUCACGCUUCGACUUACAAUAACACUACCAACGUCGACAAGAAUGCACAAAACAAAAGUUCCACGCACGAAAACUCGUACUUGGGAUCAAUCAUCGCCGGAAAGGAAUCGUCUAAAAUUUUAGGACCAUUGACAGUAUAUAUCAACGAAGAUUCCACGCCCACCAGCAAUAGUGUUGAUCCUCUAGAUCCACCCAAAAAACCACUGCUUUCACCAUUUGAAAAUCCUUUUUAUAAAAAUCCUCACUUUAACAAGAAGUCCCAAAUUAAAUCCCAAAUUGUGUCGAAGCACCAUAGCAACAAAGCUAUUCAAAAUAAUAAUGACGGUUAUUUUGGUCCGUUUAUUAAGCCUAAACCAAACGUGACUUUUAAUAAACCUCAUAAUGAUUCAGAAGACACUCCUAUAAUAGGGGCAUUCCCGCGACUUCCUCCUCCAACAAAAAUACCUACGCACAGUCAGGAAAAUACUGACGACAUCUUGCAGAUAAUCCAGCAACAUCCGGCACUGAGUAGUUUACCUUCGGGGUCAAUCUUCGAAAUACACAAAGUCCCUUCGGAGCCUUCGAAAUCUCAUUCCACGUUCUCCAACAAUAACAAAAUUCAUCCCUCUGCUCAUUCAAGCUCGGAUCAUGUGAAUCCGCCAGUGGUUCCCGUGUUAUUACAUCCAUCUCAAACCCACGUCGUUGGACAUGAAAUUUCUUUGGAGCAAAUUCUGGAUGAAUUGCAUAGAAAUGUCAAUUCUCAAAAUGUCGGUCCCCUAGUUCCAUUUCCUCACGGUAUCCAGUAUCCUCCUCAAAUUGCACACCCAUCAAUUUCCGGUGUAAGACCUGAACCGACCAGACAGAAUACUACUCAAACAGAAUUUAAUAAUCACUACCCAGACGACUUUUCAAAUGGCGGUUUUCAACAACCCAGCGAUGAGAUUGAAGUCCAUACGCUUGAAGCGCUGGAUGCUCAUACUAUCCGGCUCGCAUUUAUGGUGCCUCCUGUAAUAGUUGGCCUCCAUGGGAGGGUCGAAGUUCGUUACACGCAUAGCCAAUCAGAUGAUUUUGAUUCUUGGGAUCUACAAGUGUUUGCUCCACCUAACGAUCUGAUCGCAACGCCGUCGUUAGAGUUUGAUCUUCGCGAUCUUGUUCCGGAUAGGGAGUACAAAAUUAAAAUCACUAUUACUUUAAGGGAUCUGCAUAACACUAAAUCCUCAAGAGUGUACAAAAUAAGAACACCGACAGAAGAAGAAACCACUACUUUACCGCCAGUCAUACCCAUCGAGCCAGAUUUGGAAAUUUCCGAUAUCAAUUCCACGUGGGUUACAGUUGUAUGGAGAAAGUUUACCGAAUAUGAAUUACAGUUUAUAGACGGUGUUCAGCUUCGAUACAGGGAAGUGGAUGGAAAAAUUUACGCAGCCACUCCGCUUAUUCACAGGGCUGUCACAACUUAUACAUUGGAAAAACUGAAACCCAACGUAAAAUACGAAAUUGGAAUUUUCUUUAUUCCAUUCCCCAAUCAAAGGACCGAACUAAAUGCCGAGCAUAUGAUUCAUUUCACAACGGCCAACGAAGUCGAUACUUACGGCUUUGGCGUGACGUUGGAGAUAUCCCAGAUCAAAUCGACCAGCGUAGAAAUUUCCUGGAAUGGAGUUCCAUAUCCAGAAGACAAAUAUGUAAAUAUAUACAGAGCUAUUUACCAAAGCGACUCAGGUAAAGAAGAUCACAGCACAUUCAAAGUUGCCAAGAGAGAUUCGCCAACUAAAACUAUAAUUACUGAUUUAAAACCGGGCACCAGAUACAGGUUAUGGUUGGAAGUUUAUCUGACGAACGGAAAAAUCAAAACCAGCAAUGUGCAGGAUUUCAUCAGUAAACCGAGAACAGGACCCAACUUGAGUUCCUCCUCCCAACACGACAAGCUUUCAAGAGCUGAGCUUGUUGAAGACGCCCGAGGAGACUAUUAUGGCCCUCUCGUAAUCGUUGCCAUUUUAGCGGCCAUCGCGAUCUUGAGCACAUUAAUUUUACUGUUGAUAUUGGUCAGGCGGCACAAUCAAAAUAAAGCCGCAAUUACACCUCCUACGGCCCGAAUCAGUCAAUCGGCUUACGACAAUCCUACGUACAAAGUUGAAAUUCAACAAGAAACAAUGGGUUUAUGAAAAAGAAGAAUGAAGAUAAAUAUUGUACAUAUUAUGUUUUAAGGCGUAAUGUAGAAUUAAGAGAACGUCUGUACUUAAUUGAAACCUGUAUUGUAAUUUGUAAUAUAGU